AUGUUCUCGCAUUUCACGAAGGCGCAGUUGCCAGGAUCACAGCAAAGCCUCAGCAGGAAGUCGCCAAUGCCGACCCUUGCCAGCCCAGCAAAUGCUGACAGCGCACUUGAAGUCCUUGGAACUAGGAUCGACGCUGCAGCAGAAGAAGCCCUUUAUGCAUCGGAGAGAGACAGCCCAACGGUCGAGCAACCUUUGCUUGCACAAGACGAUGGCCGAAGCCAGAGGUAUGGGUCAUCAGACCUGGGGAGCACGGCAUCGUCAGUGUCAGAUACGAAGUCCGGCGAUUCUGGCGUUGAAAACCACGAAUACCUUACCGGCGGUCAGCUAGUCGCCGCCAUGUGCGGGAUUGGCUGUGUCUUCUUCAUCGUGCUUUUAGACUUCAGCAUCCUCUCUACGGCCAUCCCAUACAUUACGAGCGAGUUUCACAGUUUGCAGGAGUAA